AUGCAACUGUGUUAUCUCGGCUCUGCUGUAUGUAAUCACAAGGGCAAAAGCUACCCGCCAGACUACCAAAUCUACAAGUCAGAUUUAGAUUACUACGCAGAAAUUAUGGGGGCGUCUGAAAACUUUACCUACACAGAGUACACGCCACCUUACACGAAGUCAGUUACUGUCAACCUCCUCAGACAAGUCUCUAUAAGCAACUGUAGCCUCGGAGUCAGCUACGGACUUACCGAGGAGAAUCAUUUAUGGGUUGACCUUGGGUGUCGGGCACAGUUUGCCAUUGGUGUCUGA